UGGUUCAUGCAGUGCGUCUGAGAGAGGAAGACUACAGAUAUGUCCAAGGGAAGCAGCAGCAGCAGGAGCUGGUUACGCCAUGGCUACAACAAAAUAGCCCGAAUGCUGGGAAAACAAGAUCCUAAAGAUCAAAAUUUUCCAAUACUAAAAGGCCAUCCUGUCGGACAACAGCAUGCUCAAGAAUCAGUCGAAACAUAUGGCACUGUCCAAGACAACAUCAAGAAGCUUAUCAAAGAGUUCAGGGUUUAUAGAUGGAGCCCUGACAAUCCCAACAACAAACCCUUUCUCCAGUCUUACUUCAUAGACCUCUCCAGCUGCGGCCCCAUGGUUUUGGAUGCAUUACAGAAGAUUAAAGCAGAGGAUGAUUCGAGCUUGAGCUAUAGGAGGUCAUGCAGGGAAGGAAUAUGUGGGUCGUGUUCGAUGAAUAUCGAUGGGACUAACACUGUUGCUUGCCUUAAACCCAUUGAUGCUGACACUUCCAGGCCCACUAUCAUCACUCCUCUGCCACAUAUGUAUGUCAUUAAAGAUCUUGUUGUUGAUCUCACAAAUUUCUACAAUCAAUACAGGUCAAUUGAGCCGUGGCUAAAGACAAGAAAGAAACCUGAGGACGGAAGAGAAUACAGGCAGUCACCAGCAGAUAGAAAGAAGUUAGAUGGGCUAUACGAGUGUAUUUUGUGUGCUUGUUGUAGUGCUUCAUGUCCUUCUUAUUGGUGGAACCCUGAGGAAUUCCUCGGACCUGCUCCUUUGAUCCAUGCUUAUCGAUGGAUUUCUGAUAGCCGUGAUGAUUUCACCGAUGAAAGGCUACAAGCUUUGACAGAGGACCAAAAAAGAUUAUACAGGUGUAGAACAAUCAAGAAUUGCACCGCAACUUGCCCCAAAAGUCUCAAUCCAGCAGAUGCAAUUCACAAAAUGAAGACCAAGCAUCUGCUUUCUCAGCCAGUAGAGGAGCUCGAAGUUGACAGAUAUCAACAAGCAGCAUGACAUCAUUUAGCAUGUUGUUUUUCUGCUGUAUAUAUCCUCUUCUGAAACCAGAUCAAACUUGGCUCUUUUCCAAUGUAUUAUGUUCCCGAAUAAUAUUGGUCUUAAUUUGUGGUCUCUUUGAAUA